AUGCGCAGGGCGUGGGCAGGCCUGGCCGCGGCGGCGGCGCUGGUCCUAGCGCUGGCCGCGUCGCUGUGGCGGCGGCGGCCACGACCCGUGCGGGAAGUUCUCUUCUUCCCUUCGCAGCCCAUCUGCACCGAGGCGCUGCUAGCCGAAGCGGAGGGUCCCGGCGCGGUGAGCCGGCCCUGCCGCUGCCCGCUGCCGCGGGGUGACUGCGCCCUCAGCCGCCUGCUGCGGCGCCUCCUCGCCGCCCGCCGCUCCCUGGAGCUGUGCCUGUUCGCCUUCUCCAGCCCGCAGCUGGCCCGGGCCGUGCAGCUGCUGCACCGCCGCGGCGUCCGUGUCCGCGUCGUCACCGACGCGCAGAGCAUGGCGAUGAAGGGCUCCCAGAUCGGCCUCCUCCGGCACGCCGGGAUCCAGGUACGCCAUGACCAGGAGAGUGGUUACAUGCACCACAAGUUUGCGAUCGUGGAUGGGAGGAUGCUGAUGACAGGCUCCCUCAACUGGACCACCCAGGCGAUCCAGAACAACCGGGAGAACGUGAUGGUGGUGGAAGAUGAUGAGUACGUGAAGGCUUUUCUGGAUGAGUUUGAAAGGAUUUGGGAAGAGUACAACCCCAGAAACUACAGAUUCUUUCCCAAAGACAGUAAAUGAGCUGUGUCACAGGGCUGGUGGGGUACAUAACAGAGAGCAUUUGUGGACUUUGUUUAUAGCUGUUGUUGGUUUACCCAUCUGGGUGUCAUUUAGGUAAGCUACUCCAGAGGAGCAAAGAGCUCUCUGAAGUCCCUUGGUGUGGAUCGCUCCCUUGUUAGAGUGAGUUGUUUUGUGAUGGGGGCUGUGGCUGAGCCUUAAAGCGACAGGCAGACGCUCUGGUGCAGGCAAAGUAUGGUCACAGGGUGCUGAGUAGGUGUUUUAGUGGUGAAACACAUUUUCCCACUUGGGAUUCUGGAAUGGUAGACCAGUGACUCCUCUGUACCAGUAACCCCAAAGGAAGAGUUAAGAGGGCUACAGAAAAGCCAGAUUUCAUUGAGGGAGAUUAAGCACCUUCCUUUGUUUCUUCUUGGUAUUAAUUGUUGAAAGGUUCUAAGAGGAACUCUGUGGGAAACACAAAGGCAGAAAGCACAUUUUGGUUGGGCACAUGUUCUUUGGUUUAGGAUGAGCAGAGCUCCAGUGUAAAAGCAUGAGAACAGAUAAUAGAGACACCUCCAGCCCUGACCAUCCAUAGGGAAACAGCCUCUUCUAAGGGGCAUUUUCCAUGCAGAUACUUAGCUGGAGAAAGGUCAUCUUCCAGCAAGCAAGCAUUGGGAAGUCGGGAAAGAAAUGAGAACCAUUGUUUGGGAACAGCUGGUGUCUUGAGAGCAAACAGGGCUGGAGUUUGUCCCCAGCUUCAGGGUGGAGUGGUGGCAGAAAAGCCCAGUUCAUUUCCAUGGUGGAACACCUGGGCCUGCCCUUCUUUGGUGAGUGACUUCCACCACCUGUGUUGGCAGCAGCAGGGUGGGGAACAGCGAGUGAACAGCAGGAGGGAGGAGGUAAAACCUGUCCCUGCAGUUCGUGGUGGAACACAAGUGAGUGUAAACUUAGGGAUUUGAAACCUCUAAACAGCCUCUGUGUGAAAAUUACUUUCUAGAGAAUGUAAAGUGCCUCAGAAUGUCUCAGGUGUUUUCUGCUGUUGGCAGUUUUGUUUGAUACAGUGGUGGUGCCACUGCCACUGUUCAAUAAACCAUUUUCACCUGGUUUUUGCA